AGGCAUUCAAAUCUGGUGAAAAGCCCAAAUCCAGUCAAACAUUUCACUUCCGAGCCCAAACUUCUCCCCUUCACCGGAAAAUUUCCGCCGGAAUCGGCCAUCUCCGUCGGCAAUGUGGUCGACGAAACUUUCACAACCACCGCAAUCUAGUUACUGCAGUCUCCAAAGCUCCCUCCUCUCUCUCGCCAUCUUAACCCUACUCUCCUUCACAUACCUUUCCCUCAAAUCCUUCCACUCUCCUAAUUCUCCUUCUUCUGAAACUCCUUCGCUUAUCGUGCAAUCAUCUCAGGUUGUUAGAGCGGAGCAGGAGGUAUUAUCGGAUGUGUAUAAUUCGCCGGAAGUGUUUAGGUUGAAUUAUGAAGAAAUGGAGAGGAAAUUUAAGGUGUUUAUAUAUAAAGAUGGAGAUCCGAAGACGUUUUAUCAAACGCCAAGGAAGCUGACUGGGAAGUAUUCUAGUGAAGGAUAUUUCUUCCAGAAUAUUCGAGAGAGUAAGUUUGUUACUGAGGAUCCAAAUGAAGCUCACUUGUUCUUCAUUCCGAUCUCUUGUCAUAAGAUGAGAGGAAAGGGAACAUCAUAUGAGAACAUGACCAUAAUUGUACAGAACUAUGUUGAUAGUUUGAUAGCCAAAUAUCCAUACUGGAAUAGAACCAUGGGUGCAGAUCACUUCUUUGUUACCUGCCAUGAUGUUGGUGUCAGGGCAACUGAAGGGCAUCCCUUUCUUGUAAAGAAUGCAAUCCGUGUCGUGUGCUCCCCUAGCUAUGAUGUUGGAUAUAUUCCGCAUAAGGAUGUUGCUCUUCCACAAGUUCUGCAGCCAUUUGCCCUUCCUGCUGGAGGAAACGACAUUGAGAACAGGACAACUUUGGGUUUCUGGGCAGGUCAUAGAAACUCUAAAAUCAGGGUUAUCCUGGCACGUCAGUGGGAAAAUGACACUGAAUUGGAUAUUUCCAACAAUAGGAUAAACAGGGCUACAGGACCUCUUGUUUAUCAAAAGAGAUUUUACAGGACAAAGUUCUGCAUAUGUCCAGGUGGUUCCCAGGUUAACAGUGCUCGUAUAACAGACUCAAUACAUUAUGGAUGUGUUCCUGUGAUACUUUCUGAUUACUAUGAUUUGCCAUUCAAUGACAUUGUCGAUUGGCGUAAGUUUGCGGUUGUACUGAGGGAGAAGGAUGUAUAUGACCUAAAGCAAAUUCUCAAGAACAUCACACAAGAAGAAUUUGCCACCUUGCAUAACAAUUUAGUAAAGGUUCAGAAGCACUUCCAGUGGAAUUCACCUCCUAUAAGACAUGAUGCUUUUCAUAUGGUCAUGUAUGAACUCUGGCUUCGCCAUCAUGUGAUCAAGUACUAGACCAGAAACUAUGAAUACGAUAAAUCAAGUAUAGGAAGAGCAGUCUACUCAACCUGGAUCCCAAGGAAAACAAGUAUUGGGGUGUCUAAUUCUUGGGCCUCUUUGUGGUUUAGUUAGCCUCAAGCCCAACAACUUGUCCAGCCGUGUUCACAACAGUGUCUUUGUUAGGGCAUUCCAAGGUAGAGGGCCUUUAAAUUUCUGUCUUAGAGUCUCGUUCAGAUUUAACCAAGGAUCUUCCCAAAAGAGAAUGUCUUU